AUGUAUCGAAAUCGCAACGACCCGCGCUUGAGGCGCACGCUGGACGAGCUCUCUCACAACUUCGAGUCGGCAAACGAGGCUGCCCAGGAAGGCAUCUACGCCUUUUCGCACAACUACAUCAACCCUUGCGUCGCGUCCGUGACCCAGUGCUUUGAGGCAUGCGCUGCUCCCUGCUUUGGUUCCCGCGAAGAUCGCCUGCUCCGUAGAAGAAGGGGCCGUGGCCGCGCCCGCGCAGAACACUACUUUGACUUCUACGACGACUGGGAAGAGGAGGAGAAUGACGACCCGUUUUCCUGGGGCAACAGCGAAUUCGACCGCCUCUUGGCUGGCCAAGGCACCUCCACCCAGCCCGGUCGUCAACGUGCCAUGAGCUAUGGCGCCCGCCGCGGCGAUGCGCGCCGAAAGAGCGUUGCCCCGCCGCACGAUGGCAGCCCCGAUCCCACCAUAAUCCCCACCAGCUCGUAUUUUGGUUUCUUGGGAAGGCUGCCAUUCAGAAUCGGCGGCAAGGGACUGCGCUAUAAGCCGUCUGCUGCAGAUCUUCAAGACCACCCUGGCGCGUCCCGGAGAUCGCUAGAGGAACAUGCUCCAUUGAUUGAAGAGGCUGAGGAAUAUCCUGCAUAUUUGGCCCACCGGAGACAGAGGAGUUCGACGAAUGAGUCUGGCGUGACCUCCGACUCGUUGAGUUCCAGAGGAGAUAUUUUGCCCAGCGAGGAUGAGCUGGACGACGCCGUGCCGUUAGAUGAUGAAUUUGCCUCGGCGCUCGAGCGUCGUAACACUGCUACUUUUUUGGAUGAUACAAGCAGCGGCAAGACGCCGUACUCCAAGCGCCCUCGCGGGUCUCGAAUGUCCACGAGAACCAUAUCGUCCAAGAGCACCCGAGAAUCGAGAAGGCGCUCAAACGCCGCUUCUCCCUCCAUUGACAAACACUCCGAAGCCGGCAUUCACGAGGUUCCAACCUUGUCAGAGCUCAAGUCCGAGGAAGUGAGGGUCCAGAAAGAAGAGGAGGAAAGCAUCGAGAGGAGACGGGGUGCUGCUCGGGCACUUGCCGUAAGGCGUGGCCUGAAGGUCGACGAGCACAUGUCUAUAUCUUCCGAGGACAAAACCCCGAUCGGAUCGCCGAAACGAAAGGCAGCCAUGUCAGAGAUAAGGAGCGCUCCUGGUUCACCGCCCCGAAGCCCACGUUCUGGAGGCACGAUACCCUUCCCCAGCUUCGAUAGCCACCCGGCUUCUCUUGCAACGUCGCCCACGUCGAACCACUAUGGUCCCGGAGAUGCCAUUCCUAUAAGACCGACCAAGGAAGAAAACGAAGGUCACAACGUUGACUAUGUGCUCUGGUAA